UCGCCGGCGCGAGCUGAACCAGAUCCCGUCGCGCGCAGAAUUUAAUGUUUGACCACUUUGCCCGUUUUCCUCGGAGGAGAAAGCGAUGGGAUCGGGUGCCGUGGAUUCCUCCCAGUGGCUGUCGGUGAAGGAAGAGACUAUUUUCCUCCACGACGGACUAAUUCGGGUCACGGACCUUGCGGAGCUGCCCAGCGAGAUCGGAGUGUCCGAACAAGGGGAGUCCGAGCAGGAGAUCUUGACCUUCGAGACCAAGAACGCAGCGGAGCUUGCCGAGCGCUUGCGAGCCGUCUGCGGAAACCAGAGCAACGCUUACACCAGACUUUUGGAGUACCGUCUAAAUGCUCUGCGCGGACUAUGGGGGGCGCAGCAACAACUGGCCCUGGAGGAGCAGCAGGAGCAUGAUGGGGUCCUCCCAGUGAGCGCCGGAGGGGCCGACGAGGAGACGCUGGCCCUGCUUAAGCGACAGGGCUUCCUGCAGCCUCAACAUCACCACCAUCCUCACCACCCUCCGAUGGCCGCCAGCACCGAUCAGGCGCCGUUUACCUCACGCGUCGGCCUCCUGUUGGUCUUUCCACUACUGCAGUCGCAAACUCGGCACGACCCUGCGCUCUGCGGCGUCACCGCUGAGGUCCUGCUCGCGUGUCUCUGCGACUGCCAGCCGCUCAGCCUGGGCAAGGAGCCUGCAGACUGCCUUAAUGGCCUGGAGAGGUUGCUUUGCUCCUGGUUGGAGGAGAGGAGUGAGCCGGAGGGAACGGCACAGGCGAGACCACUGCUCACCCAACAGCAGAGGCAGAACGCAGCAGCUGCUCUAGUGGCUCUAUCAUGUGCAAGGGGUUCCCUCAAAACGUUCAUUCACACUGUCCACCUGCUGCAGAAACAGACAGACCUGGGUCAGCUUCCAGUGGCGGAUGUUCUCCAAAGACUGCUGCUUCUUGAGGGAGGUCCAGGCUCACCGUCCUGUCUGUUAGGGGCGAAACACAGUGUUUCGUGGGGCUUUGAGGACAUGCUGCCCACGCCAGAGAGCAGCGCCGCUGGAGCAGAGAGCAAAGACUCAGACCUGGGCCGCAGCCUGGCUACAGAUGGUUUCUAUCUCUACACGACAAACUCUUUUGGGAAGGGCUUAAGCAAGCUGGGCUCGGGGCAGCAUGGGACGCUGAGGGGUUUUGUGUACUGUCGGAACGAGGAACUGGAGGCGGGGUGGUUGGCGCACAGCAGUGGCUUUUUGCUCUACCGUCCAGCCUCUUUUGACACCAAACCUCAUCAGCUGUGCCAGGUCAUCGACCCCUUCACACUGCAGGUUUCCCAAGUGGUAGCGAUGCCGCUUCAUCACUUCCCAGUGGGCAGCAGCUUGACCAGCCUGCGUCUGUGUUCUGAUGGUACCUUCCUCUACUGGGUUUGGUCACCUGUCAGCAUCAACGAGAAAACCCAGAAAGGCCACUCUGUCUUCAUGGAUGUCUUCCAGCUAACAACUGAGUUGGGUCUGUGUGUGGCCAGUCCUAUUCAGGAUCGGGUAAUCCUCUCGCGAAAGGAAGGCGAGUCAUCGAAGUGUUUGAAUGAGCUGCUCCUGAGCCGUAUGUCCCGCUUUCGUGCCUCGCACUCGUCCACGCUGGCUGCUCUCACCGGCUCCGCCAUCACCAACCCCGUCAAAGAGGAGCAGUCGGUCAACACAAGCUGUGGUCUGUCUAUAAAAGCACUGAGGAAGACGCCGAUGUACGUGUGUGGGACGUAUCUGGUGAUGCUGACGCCCGCUCCAGGUGUAGCUGGGAGCUCGGCCACCCGCUCGCUGUUCGGUGGCUCCAGUGGCCUUUCUUCCCUCAAGAUCUUGGCGUCUAGUUUGGUGUUUAACCUGGCCGACGGUCAGUUUAGCAGUCGUGCUGAUCUGGUCGAUGCUCCUGGAAGUUCUCUGGGUCGCGGAGCUCAGGUUGCAGGACUGGGGGCCUGUUAUGAUGCACUUAACAACUUGAUCUGGACGUGCUCCAGCGACUACAUGGACCAGUGGUGUAAUCCUGGGAAUCAGGCCUUCCAUCAUGUGUGCCAGCGACUGGGCGUCAGUCACGUCAUCAGUCAGCCUAAAGAAGAAAUGAUAGACACAUGCAAAGUGAUAAACCAGCUGCUCCAUCAUGUUGGCGCCAUGUGCAUCCAUCAGCUCAACCUGCUGGCAGCCAGCAGUAAUCUGCACCUGGGACCCUUCAUAGGAAAGCAGCCCAUGGAGGCCUGCCACUUCAGCUCCAUAUGUGACGUCAUGGAGAAGGCCAUGGUUAACGAAGACACCUGCAUCAUCCGCUGCAUUCUGGUCGUCUUUCAGGUUGUGUUCCAGUUUUUUAAUCUAAAUGCAGAGCAGAACCGAGACUGUGUGAAGCACUCUGGACUGUUGCUGUGGCAGUUACUCAUGGCUCCUCACGAUCAGAUAGAGCCGGAAAUACAAAAAGAAGUGUGUCUCGCCAUCAGCUCAGGUUUAAACACUUUGUACCAGAGUGAAUCUGAGUUGAACAACCUGCUAAAAUUCGUUUUCACAGAGGGGGAGAAGAACAGUGGUUUGUCUCAAUUGCGUGAUGUUAUAUUAAACAACCUUGCUAACCAGUUACAGAAGAACCGCUUUGGUAGUGAGGAUGAUGACCACUACAGGCUGAACGAUGAACUGUUGCAGUGUAUCUUGAAGACUGUAGUGCGCGAGUCAUGUCUGCUCAUCACCAAAUGUCAAACCGUUUCCAAGGAAGACCUUCAGAAGCUUCUCUCCACUGUACCUGUAGCGUCACCAAGCUUGCGUUAUUUAAUGGCUGUGCAGAACCAUUUGCUCAGCAACACCAUCCUGCUCCACCCGGAUGACAUUGAUGAUAGUGACAGCUCCCUACAAGGGGAAACAAUGAAGGAGCUGCAGACUAGUAUCCUGUCACUAGCCUCUAAGAUCCUGGUUGGAUGUGACGAGGUUCUGGAGACGCUUCAGCAAGUCACCAGCUCCCUCAUCAACAGCAGCAUCGGCGAUCGAGAGGCCAGACUGAGAGGACUUGAACAGGUAACGAAGGCCACGAUGUUGGGUCACUUGCUGCCGGUUCUCUUGACGUCACUGAUGCACCCUAACCUACAAACCCUCACGCUAGCUGACGCUCUCAUGCCACAGCUAGUCCAACUGGUCCUGUAUACUAGUCAGACUGCUUUGCUGCUGAAGACACAUUCACCAUUAUUUGUUGAGAAUUCGCCGCUAAAUCAAAGCUCCAAUCCACCCUCAUUAAAUGACAGUUUCCAGAUUCUGGAAGAGAGAGAGGAGCCGGGCUUUCUGACCGGCCUGAAGAUCCCUGCCCCAUGGGCUGCUGGGAAAACAGUGGAAACCGCUCAUCCGGUGCGAGAUAACUACAAGUUUAAAGAAACCGUGCACAUCCCUGGAGCUCGGUGUCUCUACCUCCGCUUUGACCCUCGCUGCUCCUCACAAUACGACUAUGACAAGCUGGUGGUUUACGCCGGACCAAACACGAAUAGUCGUAAAGUGAGCGAGUAUGGAGGAAACACCAUGGGUUACGGUAGCCGCAGUGUCUUAGGAACUGGAUGGCCCAAAGAUCUGGUCAAGGUGGAAGGAGAUACUGUGACGUUCUCUUUUGAGAUGAGAAGCGGACGCGAGCACAACACCCCAGAUAAAGCCAUGUGGGGUUUCUCAUGCACUGUCCGAGCACAGGAGUCGUCUGAGGAUGUGUCGGGUGGCCUACCCUUCCUGGCUGAUCUAGCUCUGGGUUUAUCGGUGCUGGCCUGCGCCAUGUUACGCAUCCUCUAUAACGGCCCCGAUAUCACACGAGAGGAGGAGGCCUGCCACGACCUGCUCUGCUCCAAACUACUGCAGAGAGAGGUGAUGCGUCCUGAUGUGAUGGAGGAAAACAAAAUGAAGGAGCUGGAGCUUCUGUGUUCACUGAAGGAGGUUCCUCUGGACGGCGCAGAUCCAGAAAACGCUGUGAUGGCUUUAAGAGAGAAGUUCUUCCAUGAGGUGAACUCCAUGCAGCAGCAGAGAAGCUCCGUUCCUCUGGCUAAAACCAAAGCGCUGGUGAAGAGCCUGAUCAACCGCUCUGAGCUGCUGCUGCAUGUUACCAUCGCGCCACAGUGCAAGAGUCUGUCUACAACACCAGCAUGCACACCAGCCUGUAAGUCGGUGUCAGACACCAAAUCGAUGGUUCCCAUCGUGAAGCAGCCUGUGUUCCUGCGCAGUAUGUCCGCUCCCUCAGAUCUGGAAAUGAUUGCCAACAGUGAUGUGGAGUUCACACAUGGAGCACAAAGGAGGCACCUCCAUCCAUCCAGUCACCGGAGCAGCUCUUUUACUCUGCUGCAGUCAUUGGCCAUUGAAGACAGCAAGGACAAGCCCACGUACAGCGUGCUGCUGGGACAACUGUUCGCCUUCAUAGGAACCACUCCUGAUCAGACCGUGUCCAGCAGCAGCUUCUUGUCCGCGGCUCAGACGCGCUGGAGGAGAGGCCGCACCCGGAGACAGGCUCUGGUUCACAUGAGAGAGCUGCUCACCGCCGCUGUUCGGGUCGGAGGAGUCACACAUCUGGUCGGCCCCGUCACCAUGGUGCUGCAGGGCGGACCGCGUGUGUGUAUGAUGGAGCAGGUCCAGGAGGCCUUUGGAGAGACCAUGACGUCAGUGGUGUCUCUCUGCGCCCGUUACCCAAUCGCCUGCGCCAACAGCAUCGGCCUGCUGUGCACCAUCCCCUACACCAGGAGUGAGGAGCAGUGUCUGGUGCGCAGCGGUUUGGUUCAGCUGAUGGACAGACUGUGCAGUCUCAGCAGUCAGAGAGACAGCAGCUCCAGUGAGAAACAAACCAAAAAACAGAAAGUAGCUACGAUGGCCUGGGCUGCGUUCCAGGUGCUCGCCAACCGCUGCAUCGAGUGGGAAAAAGUCGAAGGCGGCUCCACAGACGCAGUGCAUUCUGGGCUGGCGCGACAGGUGUCUAGCCUGCUAACCAAUCACCUGGCUCGCGCGACAGACUGCUGCGGGAACCAAGCGGCGGGGAACGACGCCCUGCAGGAUGUGCUCAGCUUGCUCAACGAUCUUUCCAGGAGCCACAUUGGCAAAACCAUCCUGAGCCAGCCUGCCUGCGUGUCUAAACUCCUGUCUCUGCUCCUGGACCAGCGGCCCUCGCCCAAACUGGUGCUGAUCAUCCUGCAGCUGUGCCGCGCUGCGCUGCCGCUCAUGAGUGUGGAGGAUUGUGGGAAUGUAGCGCUGCCGUCCUGGAGCUACGCGACGAAUGCGCUGGACGCAGAGCAGCAGGAGGCCAGUGAUCCUGCCUUCCGCAUCGCGUCGCUGCUGCUGGCCAAGCUGGCGGACUACGUGGUGCCAGGUUGCCAGACGUUGCUCUCCCCCAGCGCCUCUGAGGCCGACACCAGUCUGACACGGGCCUGUCCGAAGAGCAGCGCUAAGACUGACCGAGACGCUAGCGAGGAGGGUGAAGCCGUGGAUGGCAAGCUGUCCAUUUUUAUCCAUAAAAGAGAAGACCAGUCGUCCCAUGAGGUGCUUCAGCCGUUACUCAGCAGCUCAGAGGGUCGUCCUUUCCGCCUCGGCACCGGAGCGAACAUGGAGAAGGUGGUGAAGAUGGAUCGGGACAUGACGAAGAGCGGCUGCUGUGAGGUGAUCACGGAGGAGGCUUCGUCUGCUCUGCGGAAAGCCAAUAAGUGGGCUCAGUCUGGGCUUAUUGUUAGUGUGGGUCCUCCGAUAGAGAGCACAGGCCAGGAGAAUGCUGGGAUAUCCACCACAGGUGACAAGAAGAAAAGCGCCCAGUCUACAGUGUGCAGAGAGAGGAACGCUGAGCUGGCUCGCUCGGAUCCGGUGCGUCCCUUCAUCAGCGGUCACGUGGCGAACAGCAUGGCUGCGGAGGUCAUCGCUCCGCUGCACAGUCUCCUGACCGCGCCUGAGUCCAACACGGCUCAAAUAUGGACCAGCACCGCAGAAAAGGUGUUGUCCAGGGCCUUGAUGUACAUCCCUCAGUUAGGCAAGCACGCUGAGAGUAUUCUGGAGAGCGGCAACAGUAGCGGCAGGAAGUUAGCCAAGCUGCAGGCCAUUGGCCGACAGGCCGUGGCGGCUCUCUGCGCGCUGGGAGGAUUCAAGGAGACCAUCAAGAUCGGCUCUGAAGUCCAGGUGGUGGGUAAAGGUGUGUUGGACAGUGUUGGGGUCGUCAUAUCCAUUAAUGAGCAGGAGGGAAUCGCCAUGGUCAGGUUUCCUUCCUGCGCAUAUCGGCGCACGAGCAAAGCGUCGGAUAUCCUCACCGUGCCCAUAUCCCGCCUCUGCACCCCUCGCUCUGAGGCUCUGCCGCUGCAUAAGCUGUCCAUCACAGAGAAGGUUGUUCAGGCCGUUCAGUCCAUGCUGCUGCCGCAGGAGGGCAGUCUGUCCAUCCACACGUCUCUGCCUGCGUCUGGAGACGGAUCCAGUCCUGUGAUGGCUGUGGUGCGUCUUCUGGCCGAGAUCAGAACCAGGGCGUGUUUGGUGAUGGCGCAGCUGCUGGAGGACAGCUCAUUCUGUGAGGAGUUUAUUCAGCAGUGUCCCGCAGCAGUGGAGGUGCUCAACCUGAUCGCUCAGGAGUGCAGUCCUGGAGAGCGUUUAGUGAUGGUUGAGGCUCAGUGUGAGCGGGUUCGGAUGCUGUAUCGAGACUGUGCUCGUCCUCCACCUCCUCCAGUGCAAACUGAUCAACGACAGCCUAAGGAAAUCACAUGGUGCCCGUCGCGCGUCUUCCCUCCGGUCCGCGCCUGCAUGUUCUCCUCACACUUGACCUCCGUGACCUUUCUGGCCGAUCCGAGCGCAGGCGGAGGUCUUCCCAGAGGAACGUUCAUCUACGCCACUUCACCUGUGCCUGUCCAGGCUCCUUCCUUUUACUGGGAGAUCGAGGUUGUUUCUUUCGGAGACUCGGAGGAUGACAGCGGCCCUGUAGUUUCGUUUGGUUUCUCCCCAGAGGCCGAGAAGAGAGACGGCGCUUGGACCAGUCCUGUGGGCACCUGUCUAUUCCACAAUAAUGGGAGGGCGGUACACUAUAAUGGCUCCAGUUUGCUGCAGUGGAAGAGUGUGAGACUAGACGUGACUCUACUUCCCGGUGAUGUUGCAGGCAUCGGUUGGGAGCGUUUGGAAGGCACUCCUCCUCCCCCCGGCCAGCCUCCCAAAGGCAGAGUCUACUUCACCUACUGCGGUCAGCGUCUCGCUCCUUAUCUGGAGGACGUGGCCGGAGGCAUGUGGCCCGUGGUCCACAUUCAGAAGAAGAAUACGAAGAUUCACGCAAACUUCGGCUGCCGGUUGUUUGCGUACGCAGAGGGACAGGCUCACCGAAACGCCGCCGAUCUCUGCAUGGACCUCUCAGAGGAGAUCAGCGCCAACUUCGAGGCUCUGCCCUUCGCCAUGGCCUCCGACAGUGACAACGACGCCGGCACGAGCGUGGCGUCUGACUCAGGGUCUCACGGUCCCCCGUGUCGCAUCGCUGCGGUCGUCACAGCACAGCAGCAGUACAGCAGUGAUGCCUCUUGUCACUAUAAGGUUGAACUGAGUUAUGAGAAUCUGGUUGUCUCGGGGCCAAACGUUCAUCCGCCACCGAUUGCAGAUGAUGAGAGCGAUGAUGAAGACGAUGAAGAUAUUCCGAGGGAGGAUCAUUACGCUUUGCUUGUGAAAGCGUGGGAAAGCAAAGUUUUCCCAACCAUUCGCCGUCGUUUCAGGAACGAGGCAGAGAGGAAGUCCGGCCUGGACCAGAUCAAAGGAGCGCUUCAGCUGGGAAUGGUGGAUAUCGCACGGCAGACUGUCGAGUUCCUGUAUGAAGAGAAUGGAGGUAUUCCUCGUGACCUCUACCUCCCAACCAUCGAGGAUAUCAAAGAUGAAGCCAAUAAGUUCACCAUCGACAAAGUCCGUAAAGGUUUGACAGUGGGCAUCCGCUGCCCUGAGGGAAACAACACCAGCAGCAGCACAGCUCUGCCGAAGUUUGCCAUCCGGGGCAUGCUGAAGACCUUCGGCCUGCAUGGAGUCGUGCUCGAUGUCGACUCUGCCAGUGAGCUGGUGCAGGUGGAGACGUAUCUCCGCAGUGAGGGAGUGUUAGUUCGGUACUGGUACCCCAUUGAGACGCUGGAGAGGCCGCCGGCAGGAUCCCGCAGGGCUGCAGCGAACGGCCUGGUGUCUCUAGACAGCAGCAACAUCCAGAUUCACCGGGAGCUGCUGCGCUGUGAAAGUGCUCUGGCGCGUCUCUACUGCCGCAUGGCAUUGCUCAACAUCUUUGCUCCCAAGAGCCCUCACACGUUCACACGUCUCUUCCACAUCCCCGCCGUGCGCGACAUCACACUUGAGCACCUGCAGCUCUUGUCCAAUCAGCUGCUGGCUCCGCCUCUGCCAGAUGGCAGAAUCAGCUCAAACUCUAUUCUGCUGGCUCAGUCUGUCCUCCACGAGCUGCAGGGCGAGAGCUGCUCCCCGACCGAGCUCUUCUAUCAGGGAAACGCUCAGAGCAUCCGCGAGUGGCUGACGGUGGCCAUCAGCAGAGCCCUGCAUCAGGGAGAGGACAGCCUCCUCGAGCUCACUAAACAGAUCUGCUGCUUCCUGCAGAGCGCUCCAGAGCAGUUCACACUGGAAGAGUUUCCCAUCUCAGAAUCCAAGGUCAGCAUGGACGUGAACUUCCCUGGUGCCGCCUUUGUGGUCGUCUCUUGCAAAGAGAGCCAACUCAGCUGCCGCAAAGAUUCCUCUCUAUAUAAGGCCCCUUGGACUCGUGUAAUGGUGUAUGGACUUGGUCAUAAGGUGCGGCGAAAUGGCCAGCUGAAUCUGAUGGAGGCAGUGUGCUACCCGCUGGACGCUUCCCCGUCCAAUACAGGACUCACCCCUCCACCCACAGCCAACCAGUAUCCCAGCAUCAUCAUCCCCACUGACAAAGUGCAUGUCAAACUAGGUGUAUCUCCCCCUCCUGGUGCAGUGCUGGUAUUGCACUCGUUGCCUCUUGAGUUUCCCUUGGCCUUGGCCUUUGCUGAACAGCUGCUAACCUACACCAUAGGGGAAACCAUUGACCGCUCUGAGGAUGAGCUGGACACUGUGCCCACUUCUGUGCUUAUGCAGGUUGUAGAGUUGCUGGGUGGGCUUCUGUGGACCACCGAUAUUGCGCCGUGCAUCAAGGAGCUGAUCUUCCACUUGCUUGCAGAGCUUCUCCGCAAGAUCCAUGCCUUCGAGCGUCGCAAAACCCCCUCGGGUCUGUCUAGCCACAUUACAUUGCUUCUCAACCCUUGCCUAACAGUCCUUAUGGUUCUUCAAUCCGAGCUGCGAAAACUUUACGACCACGAGACCCAAAGUUGGGGGCUAGUUAGCGGAGGUUCCUGCACUUCCGCAGCGGGUAGCAGCGGAGCGCUUGCGCUCGUCACCGAGCGGAGCCGUUUCUCAACCUACUUCCAUGCCCUGAUGGAGGUGUGUCUGGCAGUCGCCGAAGUGACUCUGCCGCUCAGUACAGGUGCAGGGAUUUCGGCGGUAGGCGCCCCUUCGUCCACGAGCACCGCUAACUGUAGCGAUUCCUCGUCCUCUUCGUCGUCCUCUCCGGGCCAGACGCCCCAAAGUCCAAGCUUGCUUUCGAAGCGCAAAAAGGUGAAGCUAAAGCGUGAACGGGCAGCAGUCACCGUUACUUCGGCAGCUGCCGUCUCAGGGAAACAUGGUUCUGGAAGUGGAGCGAGACCAUCAGGCCCCUUCACGCCCAAAAGUCCAAGCUUGCUUUCGAAGCGCAAAAAGGUGAAGCUAAAGCGUGAACGUGCAGCAGUCACCGGUACUUCGGCAGCUGCCAUCUCAGGGAAACAUGGUUCUGGAAGUGGAGCGAGACCAUCAGAAUGUGACAGUGCUUUACUAAACAUGGCCGGAGGGAAGCCAGAGGACAUGCUGUGGUUUCACCGUGGGUUGACGUUACUCUUGAUUUUGCGGCACCUUGCUAAAAAGGACCCGCAAGGUCUGGGCGUCACUGAAGAUGCGGUUGCAGAUGCUUGCCAAGCCUUGGUUGGCUCCACCGCUCACAGUCGUUUGCUCGUGCUCUCAGGAAUCCCCACUCACUUGGAGGAAUCUGUGGUGCGCAAUGCAAUCCGAAGGGCUUGCAACGCGCACGGCGGUCUCUUCAAGGAUGAGAUCUUUAUUCCGGUUCAGGAGGAGGACCCUAAAAAAGCCAAAGCUGAAACUUCAGGUAUUUCCCAAGGUGCAAAGCGAGAUUGCACUGCAGGAAGCCCAAAUAGCAACAGCGCAACGCCAGCAAUGAGUGCCUCAGCUUCAGCGAGCCAGACGUCGGUCUCCGGCUCUUUACAGGGAGCUUCCAGGGCUGCCGGUGAGCUGCUAGUGAACCAAGAGCUGGUAACCCCUCAAAUAGCACCUUCCCAGCCACAUGCACCGCUGGAUCCCCGCAUGGUCUCCAGUCAGGAGAGUCUGGAUGUGUCUCUUUGUAGCACAGGAAGUCAAGGUAGUCUCGGCAGCAUUGGGGAGCAGUUGGAUAGUGGUGCGACGUCAGUCUCAGAUGGGAGUUCCAUGUACACAGUUGCCUCGCCAGACAUCCAUGCCAGUGUGACACGACCAAUCAAAGGCUAUGCUGUCAUAGAGGUAAGGGCCCGGGCCCAAGUAGAGAAGAUUCGGGCCAGUCUUUUUAACAGCAGUGAUCUCAUUGGCCUUUCUAAUCUGGAAAGAGAGGAGGAGCUAAUGGAGAUGACCAAUGAGGAGAUCCUCACCGCCUCCAGUGUAAAUCAGAGUUUGUUUGACACACAAGGGAGUUCUGCCCUGGAGGAGUACUUCCUUGACAAAUCGAUCAGAGGAGAUAAAUUGGUUCCUGAAGCACGUGAUGUGCUGACAGACAUCUUUAAGAGCUGUAUAUACGCAGAGCAGGUGCUGAGCUCCGUACCAACAAAACCAGUGAAAGUAUCGGACGUUUAUCUGAGCAAAGAGCAGAUGAACUCUCAGACACCAGGAAACCUGCUCCACCUGUUUUUUACAAAUGUGCGGCCUCCCAAGAAGGUGCUUGAUGACCAGCUCACUCAGAUUCUUCGUAAAUAUGGCACAGUAAAGCCCAACAAGAACAAGCACAGCAAGGCAGGCAAAGAGCAGCACCAAGGCAAAGUGGUCAGCACAAAAAGACCCAUCACCAAACCCCCGACCAAAGAGAAGUCCAUGCUGAACAGUGUUAGAACUGUACUAAGUGAGAAAAAAGCAGUCCUUAAGUCAAAAUCUCCUGAGAAGACCAAGCCCGAUGAAAAAGACCCUGAAAAGUCUCCCGCCAAAAAGCUUGAAGUGCCAGAAGAGAAGUUUCUGACCCUGGAAGGUUUCCACAAGUUUACUCUAGACAGAGCCAAGCAGGAUAUUCGCAGUGUUUGGCGGGCGAUCCUGGCGUGCGGUUACGACCUGCACUUUGAAAGAUGCACGUGCAUCGACUCCCGACACGCUCAGAAAGCCAGUAGAAAAUGGACCUUUGAGAUGGACUUUGCGCUGGUCCAGUUUGUUAACCGUCUGUGCCGACACCUGGCCAUCACUCCUGCCCGCUUGCAUCCACAUGAAGUUUACCUCGACGCCAAAGACACCGCCGACCCCCAAGUCGCAUGCUUAAUAGGCGUUCCAGUGGAGAGUUUGCGUCUGCGGUUUGCUUUGCUGCAGUCCCUCAACAGCACUCUGGAGAGCUACUUCCUGCCGUUAGUCGAGCUGAGGCUGACACAAACCUAUCAAAACAGCAUCGCGACGCUUCUGUGCGAAGCCAAAGGCCUGAUUUUUUACGACACCAAAGUGACUUUUAUGAACCGGGUGCUGAACGCAAGCGUCCAGCGCACAGCGGAUCACGCCGCGCCUGAGGUCACGCUCGACCCGCUGGAGAUAGUGGGAGGAGAGACGCGUGCAGCAGAGAACACGUACUUCUGCCAGGCGGCGCGUCAGCUGUCCUGCGUCCCCUCGUCUCAGCUGUGUGUUCGGAUCGCCAGCGGAGGAGACCCCACCUACGCCUUCAACAUCCGCUUCACCGGGGAAGAGGUCCACGGCACCAGUCAGUGUCACGCACCGCUUUCAUGCACUAAACACUACACUUCCAACAUAACAGCUGCUCCUUCUUUGCCCGAUGAGGCGGAGCUGGAAGCGUUAUGUGCUGAAGUCUCGUCGCAGAGCCACUUGGGCGAGAGCCCGGAUUCACCGAGCCGUCCCUGCUGCACAUUCACUUACAUCACCAUGACUGGAGAGGAAAUAGAGCUGUGCCACGGAGGAAGUGACAUCGCCUUGCCCGAUGAGGCGGAGCUGGAAGCGUUAUGUGCUGAAGUGUCGUCGCAGAGCCACUUGGGCGAGAGCCCGGAUUCACCGAGCCGUCCCUGCUGCACAUUCACUUACAUCACCAUGACUGGAGAGGAAAUAGAGCUGUGCCACGGAGGAAGUGACAUCGCCGUCAGCUGGGAGAAUAGAGAUGUGUAUGUGCGAGCGGUGCGAGAUCUGCGCCUGCGGGAGCUGCAGAAUGUGGAGUGUAUGUCAGCCAUCCGCGCCGGUCUGGGCUCCAUCAUACCCCUGCAGCUCCUGACCUUACUGAGCCCCGCUGAGAUGGAGCUGCGCACCUGCGGCCUGCCGGACAUCGACCUGGAGUUCCUCAAGGCUCACACCAUGUAUCAGGUGGGACUGAUGGAGACGGACCAGCACAUUGAGUUCUUCUGGGCCGCGCUCGAGAUGUUCACGCAGGAGGAGCUCAGCAAGUUCAUCAAGUUCGCCUGCAACCAGGAGCGAAUUCCCUUCACCUGCCCCUGUAAAGACGGCGGUCCCGACACGGCUCACGUGCCCCCCUACCCCAUGAAGAUCGCCCCGCCUGAUGGGGCAGUGGGUUCCCCAGAUCUGCGUUACAUUCGCGUGGAGACCUGCAUGUUCAUGGUCAAGCUGCCGCAGUACUCUUCCCUCGACGUGAUGCUGGAGAAGCUGCGCUAUGCUAUCCACUAUCGCGAGGAUCCUCUCAGCGGUUAAACCUGAUUCCUCAGAUCCCCGUCGACCACACGACCUUACUUCAGUUCUCACUUCUUCUUCAAGAAUAGUCAUGAAGGAACUUGAUCAGCCCAGACCAGCUUGCCUUUACGGAGACUAGCGUUAGCGUGUGUUUGACGGAGGGCGGCGAGUUUGACAGCAGCUCGCGGUGGUGAAGAGUACGCCACUAUUUUAUAAAUGAUCUACAUGUGCUGUUCUUCAACAAAUGUGAAGGGAAUGGCACUGUAACUGCUUUUCUCCCUUUUUAAACAUUAAUCUCUCUCUCUCUCUCUCUCUCUCUCGCUCUCGCUCUCUCUCUUCCUCUCUUCCUCUCUUCCUCUCAUUUAAUCAGUCUUUCAUCAUUGCAUUCCCAGUGUGCCUCAGCACCUUCUCUCCAUUAGUGACAGUGAUUGUUGACGCACAUUCAGCUACAGAGAUGCCGAAUUUAGCUUUGCACAGGACUUAAACGUUCCGCUCAAAGUUAUACUUGCAUCUUUCAGUAUACAUUUGGGGUGAAUCUCACGAAACCGGUCAAGAACAUGUCCAAAACAUAAACCCUUUUUGUACCAUGAAUGUUUUUUUUUUUCCUUCCCUUCCUUUUUUGCAUUUUCACCCUAUUCUCAUAACCGUAAUGCACCUCAGAUUUUUUUUUUUUUUGCAUUUUCCUUCAGUUCUUAUUACCCCAAUGCAACUCAGAAUUUUUUUUGUCUUAUUUUUUUGUCUUUUCUUGUAUUUUCCUUCAAUUCUC